CGCAAACAUCGCCAACAUGUCCAGCCAGUUUGAGCUCGCGCAAAACCCCACCGAGCCCAUAUCCUCCGUCAAAUUCUCACCGCGCACGCCGACGCGACUGUUAGUCUCGUCGUGGGACAGACAUGUCUACCUCUACGACACACAUGGCGAGCCUGGCGGCAAGCUGCUGCAGAAGUUCGAGCACCGAGCACCGGUCCUAGACGUGUGCUUUGGUCGCGACGAUAAUGAGGCUUUCACCGCAGGACUAGACUGGGAGGUGCGAAGAAUUGACCUCUCAUCCGGGGCGCAAACAGUCCUCUCAACCCACUCUCAGGGUGUCCGCAACAUCCUGUACUCCGCCACACACAACCUAUUGAUCUCGGCAUCAUGGGAUUCCACCCUGCACCUCCACGAUCUCUCGACCCCCGGCGAAUUUUCCGUCGUCACCCUACCCUCCAAGCCUUUCUCCCUCUCCGCCUCGGCCUCCAAGCUCGUCGUUGCCAUGGCCAGCCGCGCUGUCAAUAUCUACGAACUGCCUGCGCUGUCCCACGCCGCCCAGCAAGGCGGUGGCGCCGUCGUCCCUGUCGAGCCCUGGCAGCGGCGAGAAUCCUCGAUGAAAUACAUGACGCGCGCGGUCUCGUGCAUGCCCAACGACGCCGGGUACUCGAGCUCGAGCAUCGAGGGCCGCGUUGCGGUGGAGUGGUUCGAUCCCAGCGACGAGAGCCAGUCGCGCAAGUACGCGUUCAAGUGCCAUCGCCAGAACGUCGACGGCCAGGAUGUCGUCUACCCUGUCAAUGCGCUGGCGUACCACCCCGUGCACGGCACAUUUGCGACGGGAGGUGGUGAUGGCGUGGUCGCGCUGUGGGACGCGGUUGCCAAGCGUAGGAUACGGCAGUAUCAGAAGUUCCCUGCCAGCGUGCAGACGAUUGAGUUCUCUGCCGACGGGAAGUUCAUGGCUGUCGGUGUGAGUCCAGGGUUUGAGGACGGCGUGGACGAUGUGCCGGAUGGUGUUAUCAAGGUGUUUAUCAGGGAGCUGAGCGACUCGGAGGCGCAGGGCAAGAAGAAGUAGAACGCUCCAUGAGCGUAGGAGGGCGUAUGGCGUUUACACGGUAAGGCCAUGGUUGGAAGGCAUAUUUGUACUUUGCAUACCCAGAUCUGAUACGAGAUGUCAAACAAAAUACACCACCAAUGAUGAUCAAUCAUGGAUAUACCACAAGCACACCAAAUCAGCACGACGAACAAGAUCACUGCAAAGACAGGUAAUGAGUCAGAGCGAGCUUUCGAAAGGAAUGGGCUACGAUGCCAAAAAAACGUGCCUUUCACGAUGAGCUGCGGUCCGUGACGGAAUGGGGUCGAACAGUUCCGAAAUCUUCACUGAAC